GCAGCUGCACAAUUUGCAUCCAGGGAGACUUGCCUUGGAGAAAAAGCCUUCCUUGGUCAGGUUGUGUUAUCUGUUAUUCUUUCAUGAUAUGGGUGUACUUAAAACUCUUUCUAAUCAACAAAAUACACACAUAAUACACAAACUACAUAAAUAUUCCAUUUCUACCUCAAACUAAAUAGCAGUAGUAGCUUAGCUUAGAGAGCUAUCAUAGUGUUACCUUCAAUAGUGGGAGUUUUAUUUCAGCACAAACUCAGCAAAGUCUGAAUUCUAAUUUUGCUGAUUUAAUGAUAUUAAAUUACAUAGUUCAUCAGUAUUAACACAAAAUGAAAACAGCCCUAUCUACAGCCAGUGUUUGAUUUGUCCGUUGUGGGCUACUGUAGGAACAUGGUGGCUUCCAUGAAAGACAAUCUGCGGCAGCUGUAGAUAUAAAUGACUUACUCUAAGAAGGUGAUCAUACACUAAUGAAAACAUACUUAUGAAUAAUAUAUUCCAUUUCUGACAAUAGAUCCUCCUAAAUGUUACACACUGGACCUUUAAACAAAAAGUUCAACCAAAAAAUGUAAGAAAUGAAACUCUACCAUCUAUUUACAUGUAUGUAUGCCUCUUAAUCACUAAGAAUUCAAAAAUGUUUUAUGGUUUUACAGACAUGAGUGAGGUACUGCAUGAAAGACCCACAUCAGCACUUUCUGCACACCUAAGUAAAGUUGUUGCUAAAAUAUCCACAUCACAUUAUGUAGCCAUCGUAGAAAUCCCACUGUUUACUAUGUUCUUGCUGAACUUUUACUCUACCCCAAAUGAGAGUUCUUUUCAGGCAGGGAAGCAGUGACUUUAGGACACAAAUGUCUAUAAUUAUAGCUGCAGUUUGGUGACAUCUACUCUAUACUGCAUGCUUUUCUUACAUCCUAUACAAACACUGCAGCCGUAGCACUCCAUUAGCUUCUCUCAUGAGACUUCUUUCAACUCUUUGCUUUAUGGCCCACGAUCAAGUGGUGCUCUCUGCACCUCUCUAAAAUGUCAUCUCCUUCCCCUCCAUCGGACCAUAAACAUGCUUGGCUCCUGAACGUGGGGAAAAUGUCUGAUGAUUGUUCCAGCAGACUUCCACGGGUUAGAAAAGUUGAGCUUUUAGCCUGGUGAGAUUUCAAAGUGUCCAUACUUAAUUUAAGUAAAUUUAUCUCCCACGACAUGACUCAAGUUUUGGCACCAAUUAUUAUUAUUUCAACAGCAAUUUCUGCAAAGUAAGUCAAUUCAGGAAUCAAAAUAGUUUGUGGUUGAAAUCCAUUUUCUUGUUAAAUUAGAUCCCAUAUUGCAGAAUGCUAUUGAAAGGCUCUGGCAUCAGCACUCCACAAUUGUGGGUGCCUGAACAACCAACAGCAAUCAGGUAAAAUAUUAACUUUUGUUCUGGUGACAAGAUGCUGCCCCUGCUGCCUUAUUAGUGGAAACAGUUGAAAGUCUGUGUGUGUGUGUCCAGAUGUCACACUAAUGGAGAGGAGGAGUUUGAUCGUUACCUAAGCAACCCAUAAAUCAACACCCAGCAUCUAUAGUACUCUGACCAAUCAGAAGCUGAGCAUUGAGUCGAGAUAUUUUACCUUUGGAUGAUUAUUCAGUCAGAGCUGUCACCCUAAGUUACUGCUUUACCAAACAUCAACUUUUCUUGAUUUUUGUCUCACUUUGGAGAACAGUCUGCAGUAAUGGAAGCUGUCUUUGCGGAACUACUCAUGAGAUCUGCAUGUUUCAUCAACACUGAUUGUUAGUCCUCCCUGAAGUGAUUAACCUAUUUUCUGAGUUUGAGCAUCAGCGUGUGAGUCCAUUCCGGUGCUGGAGGAGGUUGAUGGCGAGGUUACAGUUGGUCCGGGUCAAAGUGAGCUGGACAGUGCUUUUGGUUCUGGCCCACUUCACAUACCUGCUGGUUGGGGCCACCAUCUUCCAGAUACUGGAGCGAGAGGCUGAGAGCAACAACCGAAACCACUUCCAACUGGAGAAGUUGAAUUUCUUGGCUAACUACACCUGCCUGGACGGGCCAGCCUUGGAGAAGUUUGUUCAGGUGAUUUUGGAUGCCUGGGAAAAGGGAGUGAAUCCCUCGGGCAACUCAACAAACCCCAGUAACUGGGAUUUCUGCAGCUCCUUCUUUUUUGCAGGCACAGUAGUCACAACCAUAGGCUACGGCAACCUCUCCCCCAGCACUGUGUCCGGUCAGGUGUUCUGUGUGUUCUAUGCGCUGUGUGGGAUCCCACUGAACCUGGCCUUCCUCAAACAGCUUGGGAAGUGCCUCACCAUCCACCUGGGGCGACUGGAGAAGGGAAUGGUCUCGGUAGUUCCGCACAAGCAAACAGUUGAGGCUCUGGCAGUGAGCUUGUUCCUCAUCACUGGCAGCCUGCUGUUUUUGGUCAUCCCUCCCCUGCUGUUCAGUUACGUGGAAGGCUGGACGUUUGGCGAGGGCUUCUAUUUCGCCUUCAUUACCCUUAGCACCAUUGGUUUUGGAGAUUAUGUGGUGGGGACUGACCCCGGCAAGCAGUACAUCUCUCUGUACCGCAGCCUGGCAGGUAUAUGGAUCAUCUUUGCCCUGGCUUGGCUUGCUCUUAUCCUCAACAUGGGUGCCAGAAUAAUGGAGCAUGCGAUUGGCCUGACUCAUCCGGGCUUUAAGAAACAAGAAGAAGAAGAGGACGUGUCAUCCAUUAAACUAGAAGACACGUCGAAGAUCUGACAGUGGACAGUAGAUGGGACUAUCUAAAUGUAUAUUCACUAGGUAGAAUAGUGGGAUUGUUUUGUGUACAUAUUAUGAUGCAUAGUAAGAAAACAGAUGUAGCAGCUUUUUAUCAACUGUUUUUGUAAGAUAUUUGCCCCAGCAUAUUUAUUCCUUCUUCAAAUGCCUUACUUUAUAAUUAUGUUGUGGAGAAUUGGUUGAAUAUAUUACACAGUAGGCUGGAAAAACAUAACAGGUUUUUGUUUGACAAUUCUACCUCAGUUAAGCCAAAGAGUCAGUACAGUAGCCAGGGCUUAUUUAUCAAACUCUCCAAGAAUUACAACUACCAAUUCUCUAAAGAGCCAACUGGAGAGUACAAAAGGUCUUCACUGAAUGUGAGCAAUAACACACAUUUAUAAAGUGACUUACUCCUACACUCAGUGUAGUAACAGAGUCACCUUUAAAAGCAACUGGAAAGGGAUUAAUCACAUGUAUGCUCUGAGUAGAAAUAGUCCAUUACAGACCAGGCCUUAUUGUUUAUUCUUUAAAAAGAUCAUUUGAUUUUAUUCUGCAAAACAUGAUUUACAUUUUUUUUAAAUUGUGAAAUUCUUUUAAUAUCCCAUCAGCUGUUAAAAAUGGGAGGACAUGAUGGGAAAAUGACUGAAAUGGAAACAAAAAGAAGACCAAACUGCAGCAGGAAUUGAAUUGUGCUGCUAUACAGAGUACAUGAGAGAAAACACAAUGAGCAGAAUGUAGUGUCACAAUAACAAAGGCAGACAAAGAUGACGCAUGGAUGGCAAGUUCAAUACUAGCUUUAUUCAUGUUUGCACAACAAUUCAAUUUUCAAUUAUUUUAUUUGUAUAGCGCCAAUUCAUAACAGAAGUUAUCUCAGGACACUUUUCAAAUAGAGCAGGUCUAGACCGAACUCUUUAUAACAUUAUUUACAGAGACCAACAGUACCACCAUGAGCAAGACCUUGGUGACGGGGGCAAGGAAAAACUGCCUGAAAAACAAGAAAAACACAUGUAACAAAAAUGUCACAUCACAUAGAAUUGUACCCUAACACUAUACUACCCUCUGAAUUAUAUCAUAUUACUCCAAAAAACAUAUUAUUCAUCAUGACCAAUGAUAUGUUCUAGAGCUGUGUGUGCUCAGCCAUCAAGGAUCUACUCUAUACCGAAAUCUCUUAUAUCUUAAAAAUGCUUCAAAGUGUAAAGUUAUCUUUCCCAUAAGUCCAAACUUACUUUCAGCAGUGAUAAAUACGGUCUCAAUAUGAAAACAUUGAUCUGUGUGUUUAAUUGUAUUGUCCGUAGUGCUUCAGGUAGGAAUCCUGUAGUGUUUUUCCAUCCUCACAUUGCUGAACUAUGAACUGUUUUUGUACUCUUGUUUACUGUUUAUUGUAUGUUACCCAACUGCAUUAUUAGAAUGUUCUAAUGUUA